UAGCUAGGUUAGCAUUUAGGGGGCGUGGUGCCUUGUGUUCUGAAUUCGAAGAUUAUGUCUUGUGUCAAGUUAUCCAUCAGCAGCUACCAUACUGAUCAAGCAAAGCUGUCUGAGCUGAAAAGUGGAUUCAAUGCAACAGAGCUGUUUCUGAGUGGACCUUUAUCCGAUGAAGAUAUUUGCCUAGUGUGCAAGGAGGUGUUGUUGCAGUUAGAGUCACUGGAGAAAAUCACUCUUGAGCUCAGAGAAUGCACUGACAAUGGUUGUGUACAUAUUGCCCAUCUAAUUGAGAAGAAUUCUAGUAUACGAUAUUUGUCACUACUGCUGAAUAAUGUUGGAGAGAAAGGAGCUCAGAUUUUGGCCAAAGGGCUGCUCAAAUCGUCACUGCAAAGUUUCUCCAUGUAUGCUGCUCAGCUGGACCUCCACGAUCAAUGUAUUGGUGACACAGGGGCCAAGUAUAUAGCUGAUGCACUCAAAGACCAUCAGACAUUGAAAAGUCUGUACUUGGUUCAGAAUAGACUAAGCAAUGUUGGACUUACUCACAUAAUCAAGAAUUUAAGUUCAAGUAGCGUCUGUGAAUUAGAUCUAAGAACAAACAAUAUUGACUCAGAAGGAGCCAAGGUGAUCAGUUCGUAUCUUGUUGAUAACAAUACACUCAAGAAGCUUGUCCUCAAUGAGAAUCGUGGAAUACAAAAUGAAGGAGCAAAAGAAAUUGCUCUAUCACUAACUACAAACUCCGCACUGACACAACUUUCUUUGCGCUCAUGUGGAAUUGGAAAGAAAGGAGCUGAACGAUUUGCUGCAUGUCUGGUACAAAACACCACUCUACAAACUCUCGACCUAUGUGGCAAUACUGAGGUUGGUGAUGAUGCAGUUGAACUGAUGAGCCGUGGACUUAAAGAGAACAGAUCUCUAUUAGAACUCAACCUCUCGUGCUGUGGCCUCGGGGAUGAGGGCUGUGCCCACUUGGCCGAAGCUCUACUGGUGAAUGAAACACUCACUCAUCUGUGGCUGCAAAAGAAUGAGAUUGGAGAUGGUGGAAUAUUAUCGCUCAGUCAAACCAUACGCCAAAACAAGGUCCUGUGUUUGCUUUCUGUGAGUGGGAACAGGUUCAGCCACAAAGGCUCAACUGCUCUCGCCCAAAGCCUCAGCCAAAACGACACCCUCACAACCCUUGAUAUUGGCGGCUCUAUUAAUACUGAGAGUAUCUCUAUGGUGGACAUACUUCUAGACAAGAACAAACAACUCAUACGUUACAAGAACUGGACCAAAGAGCUUCUCCAAAUAAACAAAGAGUUAGUCCAACAGAGAGACUCUCUAAAGAAACUUGUUCAUAAGAAAAAGUAGACAACAAAUAUUUUUUAUUUUUCCAUCUACAUGACUAUUAAUUUUUGUAAAUCAUUACAAGACUUUUUCAAUCAAAAACUGACAAUUUGGCAAAUAUGAGAAAACAUUCAAACUUGAGAAUGAAUAAACAUUGCAACGUCCACACACAGUUUAUGCUGCCUCUUCUGCUUUUGGUGCUCUUGUGUACACUCGCUGUGCAUGAUGCUUAAACACUUCUCGAAUCGUUCCCUUCGAAGCCAUCUCAGCCAGUGCUCUGUUGGCCAGAGAAACGCGAACCUUGAGUCUUUCAGACACUACAGACGGAGUGAUGAGCUUGUAGUUAGGGACCUCCUUGUAGAGCUUCUCGUAAGUGGCCUUGUCAAAUAGGGCAAUGUUGUUUAGCUUAU